AUGUCCAAAUAGAUGAUUCUUUUUAAGUAUCUUUAAAUAGUCAUCCAUAAUCAAUUUUUUUUGUUAUAGUUUUGCUAGAAUUUAAAAAUACAUACAAUUUUCUUCUUAAAAUUGAGAAAAUAAUUGAUUUCUUUAACAAAAAUAAAUAUUACUUAGGAAAAUAUAUAGCUGAAGGUGGCUAUGGUGUUGUUUUUGAUGGAAAAAUAUAUCAAAAUAAUAAAAUAUAAGAAGUAAUAUUCAAAAUAUAAUUCACAGAUACAGAUGAUUAAAAUUUAAAUGAAAGUGAAGAAGAAUAUCUUAUAAUGA